AACAAAUCUGUGAUUAUUGGUUAGGAAUAACCUCGAGCGUGUUUCUGUUUGUUGAACGUAAUUAUUUAUUUUUUAUUAUUUUUCAUAAUUACUUUGUCCUUUUUUUUUUAAUUAAAAUUUAGCACGCGGUCUGUAAUCAAACGAGGAAGCUGUCAGAUACGGAGUCAAAUACGGAAAAUUUUAACACAAAUGGAUUUACAGUACAAAACGAUACAUCCUAUGAAAUACUUGCAAGAUCAUCUCGAGCAAGAUGUUCGAACGGACGGUAGGAAAUUCUUGUCUUUUCGGCCAAUAAGCGUAAACGUCUCAUCGAUCAUUCAGGCGGACAGUUCAGCGAUAUUCAAAGUGGGCGACACGACUGCAGUUUGUGGUAUUAAAGCUGAAUUAACGACGCCAAAAGCGGACACUCCAGAUCACGGUUACAUAGUGCCAAAUGUGGAAUUGUCCCCUCUGUGCUCCUCCAAGUUUCGCCCAGGUCCGCCGAGCGAGCAGGCGCAGGUGCUCUCCAAAUCGAUAGACAUAAUUUUGAGUAACUCGGCGGCGCUCGACUUGACAGACCUUUGCAUCUGCCGAGGUAAACUGGUAUGGGUCUUGUACUGCGAUAUCCUGUGCCUGAAUUACAAUGGCUCGGUUAUAGACGCUUGCGCCGGGGCAUUGAUGGCAGCUCUCAAAACGUUGACCUUACCUGAGGUGAAUUACAACAGCGAGACGGGAGUAAUUGUCGUACAUCCGAAGAACAGAGAGACGUUUACCGUGAGAACGUUACCAGUUUCUAUAUCGUUUGCAGUAUUUGAAAAACAAUUGUUAAUAGUUGAUCCUACGGACGACGAGGAGGAUUUGUCAGCCGGAAGAUUUUCUAUUGUGAUGGACGAUGAAGAAGAGAUUUGCUACGUACAUAAACCUGGUGGAAUUGCAAUCUCUCAGAAUUUGCUUUCGAAAGCGCUGGAAAUGGCGAAAGCAAGAGCGAAGUCAGUCAGAUCGGUAAUCAACGCUGCCAUCUCGACGCUGAAUGUAAAUGAUGUGGAAAUAAAUACUUGAAUAUUUUUUCAAGAUGAA